UGGAUUUAUUUUGGGGAAGUUCAACUGAAUGGUUUAGGAGAAGGCUUCCAGACAGUUCGAGUUGGAACAGUGGGCACCCCUGUUGGCACCAUCACUCUUUCCUGUGCUUAUAGAAUUAAUUUGGCAUUCAUGUCGACCAGGCAAUUUGAGAGGACCCCACCUAUCAUGGGGAUUAUCAUUGAUCACUUUGUUGACCGUCCCUACCCCAGCUCCUCUCCCAUGCACCCUUGCAAUUACAGAACUGGUGAGGAUGCUGGAGUCACAUACCUGUCAGUGGAAGACUCUCAGGAAGUCUGUACCACCUCUUUUUCUAGCUCCCCUCCCUCCCAGCUGAUGGUUCCUGGGAAGGAAGCUGGGGUACCUCUUGCUCUCAGUCAGCCUGCUCACGGCACCCAGGCUGAUCACGAGAGACCGGUGACUCACACACCUUCUGAGGGAACCCACUGUGCUGCCAUGCCAUCUAGCAGUGAGGACACUGAGACUGUAUCUAACAGCAGUGAGGGACGGGCCUCACCCCAGGAUGUCUUGGAGACUGUCUUUGUCCGAAAAGUGAGAGCAUUUGUCAACAAACCCAUCAACCAGGUGGCCCUGACAAGUUUGGACAUACCCUUUGCCAUGUUUGCUCCCAAGAAUUUGGAGCUGGAGGAUGCUGAUCCUAUGGUGAAUCCCCCAGACUCCCCAGAGACCAUGUCUCCUCUCCACAGCAGCCUGCACUCAGAUGGCUCCAGCGGGGGCAGCAGUGGCAAUCCACACGACGACUUUGUUGUGCUUGACUUUAAACCUGCUUUUUCUAAAGAUGACAUUCUUCCGAUGGACUUGGGAACCUUUUGCCGUAAAUUUCAGAAUCCCCCUGAAAUCAUAGAUAUUGGAGUCCAGUCUAUGGCAGAAGACUUGGAUUCUUUACCAGAGAAACUGGCUGUGCAUGAGAAGAAUGUCCGAGAAUUUGAUGCCUUUGUUGAAACCCUGCAGUAA